GGUUUCGAUAUUUCCCGGAUCGCGGAGUGAGCUCCACCCGGUCUGAUAUACCGGAACAUGGCGCCCGGGGACACCAACACCACCACCGCCAUCCUCCUCCUCCUCCUCAUACUGCCCCUCCGGGCAACAGCUCAAGUUAAUACUAAGACGAUAGAAAAGAAGGAUGGAGAAGAUGUCACUUUCCAGGCGGAGUACAAUGGACCCCUCACUGAUAUCGGCUGGAAGGUCGGAGAGAAUAAAUAUGUGGAUUUAGAUAAAGAGAGCCAACACUUCUUUCGGAAAGAUUUGGAAGCCCGGACCAAUGUAUCCUUCGAUAAUAGGACCCUCACAUUAAAACACUUGGUGGUGUCAGACAGUGGGGACUAUAGUGUCAAUGUUCUGGAUUCAGGAAAAUCGUUUGAAACAAAAUUCUUCCUUAAAGUAGCUCCUGCCACGCCCAAAGUCGGUAUCGAUCCUACAAGGCCUAACGUCACUCUGCACUGUGAUUCCACAACUAAGAAUGUAUUGUACGAAUGGUUCAACAGCACCGGGACUGGAAGGGUUCCAUUGAUCUCCACGGCCAAUUACACUGCGCCCAUCAAAUUGUUCAAAACCAAUGACUCUUAUACCUGCGUUGUGAGCAUCAAUUCGUACGAAUCGGAGGCCUCACUAGUUAUUGGUGACCUACCCAAAGAGCUAGAGUUACAUACAAGGAAUCGUUACUGGAUCCUUGCACCUCUUUUUGUUUGUAUAAUUCUGGCUGUGUUAUUUUUCAUUUUGAGGAAACAUUGUCCUGAGAAUGGGAACGUUUACCAUGCAGCAGCCAAGGAAGAGGAUGCCAGUUCACUUACAAAACUGUGAAGGUGCAAGGAGAUAUAAAGCCAUUGCUCAAGGAAUCUGAAUCGAUGAAAUGUGCUGCAGAAACAUUCAUUAUUUGUAGCUGCUAAAGGGACCAUGAAGCAAAACGGCGUACUAGAAAGAAAAGCAACAUAUUUUCAAAGUGCAGUUUGUGUUUCACCGCUGCGUGUAUGAACGACAGGGGGAUUAAACUAUAUCACACUACCACAUCGUGCUGAGCCCACCCACUGUGUCAGAGGAUAAUUACACCAUAGUCCUUUGUCACCACUACACGAGACUCUGCUACAAAAUGCACAAUGCUGAGCUCGGCUCCUGUCUUGGAUGCGGACUGGAACAAAGGCUACACAUGUACAAAGAAAACCCAAACUGGGAGGCUUGACCUGGAAUGUGCAUUUCUUAAUAGUCUUAAAAAGUGAAUGUCCGCCAGAAACAUUUCAAAUGUGAAGCCUGACUUCCAUGAAUGGCACGGUGUGGUACUAUUCAGACUGGGCAUCUUGCUAAUCUGGUAAUUGAAUCCAGGUUCUGAGUUAUUUCCCAUUAUUGAGAUUUGUGAAGAGAUAAAGCGUCUUUGUUCAUGUGCCAUGAUCGGGACACCAGACAGACAUCCGAACCACUGAGCUUCCAUCUUGUUUAUCAUCUGAACUGCUUGGUAACCUAAUGUGCCUUACACGUUCUCUGGUGUCAUAGCGACUGCACAGGAUCGUUCAGGAAAUGACAAGAUUUUAACUGGAAAAUUCCUCUGCAGGUUUAUUUUUAUGGAUAUGAUCUGAUUCAAAUAAUUUUAUCGAAUAGCUGAUUUAUUAAGGGAAUCUGUCUGUCUGGACUGGACAGGCGUGCCUAUAAUACCCGUAUAUCAUGCCAUCGGCGUCAGUCUAUUUAUAAAGCCGCUCAGCUUGCACAGGGUUAAAUCCAAUCUCUUGUAUUGAUCUAGAAUGGUGUUAUAAUGAAGAAAUGUGAGGGUUGGCACCUUACUUACUGUGAGUCCUCGUAUUUAACCCCUUCGCUGCCAAGCACUUU